AUGGUAAGGCUUGGACUUCUUGCUUCUUGUUCAACCAAGGAAUGGGAUAUCGACAGAACCAGCUUCUUUUCAUCGUUUAGGGAUUUCUUUUGGAAAGCAAAAAUGAAAAGCCUACGUCUGAUUAGCACAGAAAAGCCAAGUUCGAUAGUUUACCCCUUGAGCUAUGACAGCAAGGGGGCUCGUAAUAAGAAACCAAUCUUUCAAACAAUCUCUCAUAAACCAAAAGGUCCUGCAGAAGGUGAAGUGAUCAUGAUAAAUCAUAUCAAAAAUAAAAUUACAACUAUUUGGAAUGUAGUAGCACGUAUUGAUGGAUGUGGAGAAGGUAUUAAAGGGCGUGAAUGGUUUAAGCAUGUAGUUUAUGCUCCAGGCCUUUGGACAGGUUAUUCUUCUCAGGUCUUUCCUGCUAUUGUGGAAGCUAUAGAUGCCAAAGAUAAAGAUCAAAUUAAAUAUACGGAAGAAAGAGCUGUCUUAGCAAUUCAACAGGCUACUAAGAGUUUACAGCAAUAA